AUGGCUCCAUCACUCAAAUUCUCUAUUUUCUCAGCUUGUGUUUUGGUUCUGUGUGUGGUGGUUGCUGCUCAAUAUGGAGAUGAUGGUGGAUCAGGCUAUGGCUCUGACAUGCCCAACAUGAAUAUGGGUCCUUCAACUCAGCACUCAAGUUCUAAGGAAGCAUUGCUGCUAUUCACAUCGUUCGCUGUAAAUUGUCCUCUGGGGACAUCAUAG